AUGAGGAACUUUGUGAGUCACAAGCAGGCCUGCCAGCUGCUCCACAACAAAUUUGUGGUGGUGUUGGGAAGUUCUAAUCAGCGAGCAAUAUAUAAGGAUCUUGUUCUGCUGCUGCAAAAGGACAAGUUUCUCACCCUAAAACAACUACAAACCAAGGGGGAGAUGAACUUCGAGCAGGACUGCCUGGUGGAGGGAGGCUGUCAGAGCAAGCUGCACAAUGGGAUAUCGUACAGAGAAGUCAGGCAGUUUCAGUCUGACCACCACCUUGUGCGCUUCUACUUUCUGACGCGCAUCUACUCGCAGUAUAUGGAAAGUGUCCUGGAGGACUUCCGGCAGGGUUUGAAACCAGACGUGGUCGUCAUCAACUCCUGCCUUUGGGAUAUUUCAAGGUACUCCCGCAAUUGGACUGGUGAUUACAAGGAGAACCUUCACAGAUGCUUUGAGGAGCUUAAAACGAUUCUGCCGGAGGAAACGCUGGUCAUCUGGAACCUCACCAUGCCUUUAGGAGAGAAGAUCAAAGGAGGGUUCCUGGUGCCCGAGAUUCAGCACAUGGCUUCGCAACUGCGUUUUGAUGUGAUCGAAGCCAACUUCUUCAGCGGGACGCUGGCCGACGCGUAUAAUCUGGAUGUGGUGGACCUCCACUUCCAUUUCCGCUUCUCCCUGCACCGUCGGACCAACGACGGCGUGCACUGGGACAACGUGGCCCUCCGCAGGAUAACAUCCGUGCUGCUGCGGCACGCCGCAGACGCCUGGGGCGUGGCGCUGACGAGUCCACCGGAUGCUAGCGAGCACAGUGUGGCAGAGAUCAAGCUCUCGGCCAAUAUCAACAAAAAUGGUGCUCCAAAAUACCAAGAUCGGCGCCCAGCGAGGAUUCACUACAGCGACCACAGGGAGAUCCUCUUCCCUCAUUCCCAAGGUUAUGGCGACGUCCGGUGCCACCCAGGACCACGGCCUCACCCCCCCAUGUACCGACGUGUCCCCCUCCCUCCUCCACCACCCUCACUGAAUUACAGGUUUCCUUAUGGAAACAGGCCUGCUCGAAGUGCACCACAACCUUACUCCCCCAUGUACGGACGCAUCCCCCUCCCUCCACCACCCUCAUCAUCUUUCAGGUUUCCGUAUGAGAACAGGCCUGUUCGAGAUGACUUUGCCUCCAGGCCGCACGGGGACCUGGGGCCGUACAGGCAGUCCGUGUUGAGGAACCAGUGCACCACCAGGCAGCACUACGCCCCGUACCCCCUCGGCAGAUGUAACAGAUACAACUACUGA